AUGCCUCACGGUCCUGUCGGUGACUUCGAUCUCAAUGGCAAGAUCGUGCUUAUAACCGGAGGCGGUGGGGGCAUCCAUCUCGAGCUCGCGAAGCUUGUUCUUGCGGAAGGAGCCAAAGUCAUUAUUGCAGACCUACGUCUUCAACCCGAUGGUGAAGAAUUCGUGAAGGCAAUUCCGAAAACCGUUUUCUUCCAAGAGACCGAUGUGGCCAAGUGGGCAGAGCUUAAGAACCUAAUAAAGGUGUCUGAGGAGAAGUUUGGGGACGUCCCUGACGUUUAUGUCGCUGGUGCCGGUGUCUUCGAGCCGCCGUCGUCAGAUUUCUGGGAAGAUAAUGAAGACGAGCGCUACGCCUACGUUGACAUCAAUGUCAACCACCCCCUAAAGCUCACUCGUAUCGCCGUCACUGCCCUCCUCAGCAAGAACAAGAAAGGUGUGGUAGCCAUUAUGGCUUCAAUGGCAGGCUAUAUGGGACAGGAUGUGGCUCCCAUGUAUUGCACCACAAAACAUGCCCUGAUCGGCUUUACUCGAUCAAUGGGUCAAACCGAUCGGUCGCAAGGUGUGAAAGUCGUUACUAUUGCACCUGGUAUUGUGAGAACUCCGCUCUGGUUAAACCACCCAGAGAAGCAAGCACGGUACGGAUACACUGAUGACAUCGCCAUUGAUGCGAUUGACGUCGCAAAGGGAUAUAUGAAGAUCAUCAAGGAGGGCAAGUACCCCGGAGGAACGGUCUUCGAGACCUCCAAAGCUGGAGAGAGGACAAUCGGAACCUGGUUCGUCUCGCCGCCCGGAUUCGACCCGGACACCCCCGUGGAAGGAACUAGUGUGCCGCAGGAGGCAUUGGAUCAGGCUUACCAACCUAUAAAUGAUAUAUUGAAGAAAGAAAGAGGUACUGGAAAGACAGUCAAGUAAUGAUGGAACGAGCUCCAUAUCAUCGAAAUGAUCUAUAUAUCACAGUCAGAGCAUAUCACUGCUGUAUGGGAAAGCCUUAAAGUCUUGUGCCAAUAUUGGCAAUAACCACAACGGGUUUGAUGGUCUACCCUCAUUGAAGCUGGUGCGGUACUGCAUACCUGUAUUUAAACAUUGCCUUGUUUUCCUUGCUAUGAAAACCAGUGUAGCCUCAGUGGUAAAACUUGGGAGUUAAUGACUCGAUAUAGAGUCUGUGGAAACCUGGACGUUGUACGCAGACUGAUCGCAUGUGCAGCUAUAGCAUGCAUCAAUUGCUGCCCAGGUGAGUAUGAGCGAGCCGUGAAGUGCAUGAGAUCAUCUUCCGUCUACAUCUUUCUUCGUUUGCCUGGGUUCGAAGGUCGUUCGAG